CAGAAUAGCAAAUAAAUUCAUAAAAUGGCGUCGCUCAGUGAGUGAGACGUGCGUUUAUAUUAAUUAAAAUUGUGAAUUAGUGAUAUUUGUGCGAAUUUUAAUAUUAAAAGACUUUAUUCUCAUAGUGUGUACUGGAACGUCGCGAGACAAUGUCAUUCUUGGGGUCCCCACUGUCAAAUUCCUUUAACAAUCACGAGUACGAUUUCGACGACGACAAACUCGAUAACGACGAGGACAAGUUCCACGACGAUCACCAUCACCACCUCGAAGAAAGCGACGAAGACACCGAAGAUGCCAGCGAAACCGACACAGGCCGCCAGGAGGAACAGCUCGAGAUCAAAGAGCAAAUGUACCAGGACAAACUGGCCAACCUCAAGAAGAAACUCGCCCAACUCAAGGACGGGACUCACUAUGAGUACAACAAACGAGUUAAGAAGCUGGAAACCCAGUACCAGGAAAGGAUCAGGCUCAACGAAAUCUACAAGGAGUACAUGUUGGACUUCAUCAAGAGGGACUACGCUCAAGAAUUGAAAGCCGCUGCGAAGGACUUUGAAGAAAAGAAAAUAGACUUGAGAGAAAACCUUAUAUCAGAUCUGGAGGAUAAGAAAAGAAAUAUCGAAGCAGAAAGAUCUUCGAUUGAACUAACUGGUGAUUCCAUGGAGGUCAAGCCAGCUAUGACGAGGAAGCUUAGAAGAAGGCCUAACGAGCCUAUCCCUCUUCCAGAAAAACGCAGGAAAGCUCCCGCUGCACAGAUAACGUACCUUCUCGAAGAGAAAGAGAUCGAGACAGACCUCAGACAAAUCAAGGAGGUAACCUUCUCGAUGAGGAGGCUCAGCGAGAGUUCAUUAGGAAGCCCAAACCACGGGAUCGGCAAUAUGGGUGUACAGAACUCCGGAGACCACCAGACCUUGAUAGAGACGAGGAUAGAGGACGGGAAGUUAUUGUACGAAAAGAGAUGGUUUCACAGAGGUCAAUCCAUUUUCGUUGAGGGCAAGGAUCAGCCAAAAACUCCUGCUACCAUAUCUGCAGUGGGAAAUGAUUGUAUCUACGUCAAAAAGCAAAAUGGGGAGAGUUUGAGGUUUUUCAUAUCGCAUCUGGCCAGAGGGAACGUUUCCAUAAAAAGAAGAGCUUCUUAAAACAAUUUUUAUCAAUUAGGCUUUAAGAAUAUAUUUAGAUAGCAUGUAUUUUAGUUUAAAAUCGAUUUUAAAAGACGUUAGUUAUUUUUACAUUAAGCUGACUCAAUGAAUCAUUGCACAUUUGCUAAGUUUGUUUUAAUUCAAUUGCAGUAAAAUGAAGCUAUUCAUUAAAUGCAUUUUACAUUACAGUUUUACUCGAGAAACCAUAUUUUACCUAUUUCUCUAAAAUAAUAUAAUAGUUACUUAACUAAAGGAAUAUAUUUGAAAUUCUUUGUUUCUAUUCUUCAUUAAUUAUACUAAACAAUAGAAAAUAUGUCAGGCAAUACGGACACAGAUAGCCAACAAGAACAUCUGGAAAU